GGCUCAGAGCCUCGUCGCGGCCUCUCCUGAAGCUUGGGCAGCAGUAGACAGCGCUGUGCUGGGAGGGGGCUGUUUAUAACCUCCCCACACACACACACACACACACACCCUGUGGGGAUUGAUCAUUGGCGGAAGACGGUUGUACGCAUGCGCUCACGGACAGCGCCUCCUAACCGUGCCUAUGCGCUACUGUGUCUGCACGCACGUUACUGGGCGCAAAACCAGACUGCGCCUGCGCUGGGGAGCGAGUCCCUCCCCUCCCCUCUGAAGGACGUAAGUUAGGCAUGGAACCUGUUGCAAGAAAGAUCUUCAAAGGAGUUUUACUUUUGGAAAUGGCUGCGGUUGCUGGAGCAUAUUCACUAUUUUACAGAAUGGACACAAAUCAAGAUUUUAGGCAUACAAUGAACAGGAGAUUUCCAUCCAUUCUGGAAGUUUAUUACAAAAGCAAUGAACGGUCUGGAGUUUAUGGAAAAAGGGAGGAGGACCGACUGAAAUGGCUAAGCAGCAAAAGUUAG